AUGCAGAGAUUUUGCGAAGGUGCAAUGCAUAACUAUACCGAGCCAAUCUUGCGAAUGCUAACAACCUCAGGUAUUGAUGGUGACCUCGACGCGCUGCAGCGUUUUACCUCCGGUCGCUGGCUCUGGCGCGAACAGGAGCAAUUCGCCUGUCGAUACGUGCAGUUCGAGCUCCAGCCGCUGCUAGACAUUGCGGCCUCCGCUGUCGGAGCACAAUACUGCGCUCGCGUGUUGAAACUCGCCGAGGGCCAGUACAACAAAGUCUUUGUGCUGACAAUGGACAAUGGGCGGGAAAUCAUUGCCAAACUGCCCAAUCCCAAUGCCGGACGACCUCAUUUUACGACGUCGAGUGAGGUUGCCACUAUGGACUUUCUGCGGAAUGUUCUGGAUUUGCCCGUUCCGAAGGUCUAUGCGUGGAGCUCUAGAGCCGAGAACCCGGUCGGCGCGGAGUAUAUCCUCAUGGAGAAGCAGCAUGGUGUUAUGCUGAGCGAGGUAUGGGGUGCAUUGAAGGGGAAGCACCGGGCGCAGCUUGUGUUGCAGGUUGUCGACUUUGAAAAUAUACUUGCUGCGACCAAGUUUCCCGGCUACGGGAGUUUGUACUACAAGGAGGAUCUUCCCUCGAGCGCCGACAUGUUAUCAUCGUCUUUGUACGUGGACAACACUGGCAAGGAAGUACAGAGCACCAAUUUUGCCAUUGGACCAACGAAUCACCGCGCGUUUUUCGACUUCGGAAAGGGGUCGUUGGAUAUUGAUCGUGGGCCUUGGUCUUCGGCCGCCGAGUACGUGAUAGCAGUCGCAAAGCGGGAGAUUGCAACUGCGAAAGCAGGUCUCAUGUACCCCCUGAUGCCAGAAGGUCUUUUCUAUGGACCGCGACAGUACCAGCCCACCAAUGCAAAGAAACUUGCAACACUUCGAAAUUACCUCAAGGUAGCCCCAUACACUCUCCCAGAGAGCCUUACCAGUCACGCAUCAGUCCUAUGGCACGGAGACCUGAACUCGCAAAACAUCUUCGUCGACCCCAACGAACCCACGCGCAUCCUAGGAAUCAUUGACUGGCAAUCUACAAGCCUCGCUCCCCUCUUCACCCAAGUCGCUCGUCCGGCUUUCUUGGACUACAACGGCCCUCCUCCCGAGACGCUGGACAAGAUCCGCCUCCCCGAGAACUUGGAGGCCCUGAGCCCAGAGCAGCAGAAGCAAGCAAAGGCACUGCAUCAGGCGCAGACACUGCAUAACCUGUACUUAGCGCGGUCACGUCAACUCAGCCCCGUCAUAUUUGACGCCAUUCAAGCCCAGAGGACCCUCCGCCAUCAAGUCAGCGUUAUUCCGGGAUUGACGAUAAUGGACUACGAGCCGUGCCUCAACAGCCUUCUUCGAGACGUCCAGAAGGAGUGGUCCAGUCUUGUUAGCGAAGGGGCAUCAGUACCCUGUCCGCUGCAAUUUUCUGCAGAAGAAGUCGCAGAGCAAGAAUGCGAUGAGGAGCUUUGGGCUCAAGGUGUGGCACUCAUGGAGGAAUUCAUCGCCGACACUGGCUGUUUCAAGCAUUGGGAUGGAAGGGUAAGCGAGGAUGAUUACGAGCUGUCACGGAAACAGCUGGAUGAGGGCGUGCAGAGGUUUCUUGCGCGGGAGGCCAGGAGUGAGCAGGAGAGGAGAGAGUGGUGUCGGGUAUUGCCGUUUGUUGAUUAG